CUCAGAUCACAUGUCAGACCGUCGUGUGUACGGUUUAAUCUUCCCACGUCUUCAGCGCCUUUACUGUCCCAGACUGCCGAAAUGCUCUGCCUGGGCGCCAUACUCUUCGCCUGCACUCUCCCACUGUGCAGCCCUCGUCCUCUGGGUCUUCUUCCCGACGAGCAGCAGAACGACAGACCCGUAAUCGGUAUUUUGACUCAGGAGGUCACAGACCCUGAAAUGAAGCCAUAUGGAGGAACCUACAUCCCUUCAUCUUACGUAAAGUACGUUGAGUCAGGCGGCGGCCGGGUGAUUCCGAUUCGGCUGAAUCAGACCAGAGAAGAGCAUGAAAAAAUCUUCAAGUCAAUCAAUGGGCUUCUUCUGAUUGGAGGAGCCUCAGACUUGGAAACCUCAGAAUUUGCCCACACUGCUGAGAUUUACUUCAGACUAGCGGUUAAGGCCAAUGAUGUGGGCGACUACUUCCCCAUAUGGGGCACAUGCAUGGGCUUCCAGCUCCUCACUGUUCUGGUGGCUGAACAGAACCUGCUGAGCAAAACUGUUGCAGAGAAUCUUUCGCUGCCCCUAAACCUCACCUCAGAGGCCUCAUCCAGCCGCAUGUUUGAGGGAUUUCCACCCGACCUGCUCAAAGCCCUGUCAGAGGAAUCGCUGACUGGGAAUUUCCACCAUUAUGGAGUGACAGAGCAGGUUUUCAAGGGGAACAAAAAGCUAAGCAGCUUCUUUUCCAUACUGUCCAUAAAUACAGCAAAGAAUGGAGCCGUCUUUGUCUCAACCAUGGAAGGCAGGAAGUACCCUUUCUAUGGUGUUCAGUGGCAUCCAGAAGUGAACCGUUUCCAGUGGAGUCCACUUUAUAGCUUCCCGCAUUCCAAAAACGCCGUCCGCUUGGCAUCACUGCUGGCAGAAUUUUUUGUGAAUGAAGGAAGGAAAAGUUUCCACCACUUCAGUCAGGUUGAGGAAGAGACCAGCGCGCUCAUAUACCACUAUAACCCUCUUUAUGUAGCAAACUUCACUGCUUACGAGCAGGUCUAUUUCUUCUAAGUGACAGACACCUUCAGUUUCAGAUUGGCCAAGAGCUAAUCAUCAUCCUCAGGGCUUUACACGUUCACCGUUGUCUGUGUUAAUGUGUGUGUGUAUGUGUACAUGUGCUUUGUUAUCCUUUUGUUUAUGUGAGUCUUAAUAAUCCAGUAGAAAUUACCCUACAUUUAUUGCUCAUUUUUUACUGUACAAAACAAUGUAUUUCCUUUCUGUAAAAAUGUUUUUUUAUAUGAAUUAUAUGCACAUUCUGAUAGUGUUA